AUAAAAAUAUAUGUACUAAUAUAUCAAAAUUUUAAGUAAUUCAUUCAAAUAUCUAAUGGAAAUAGUUUCAACACCGGAACCACACUUUAUUCCUGGAUACACCGGCCAUUGUCCCCAGUAUCUCUAUCGUGUGGGAAAAACUUAUGGAAAUCUCACACAUAAGCUCCUUAUUGAUCCAUGUAUUCAUCAUUCAGCAAAACUUUUAGUUGCUGGUCCAAAUGAGAUCAAAACUGCCGGAGACAAACCAACUCUUAAAGAAAUCGAUCUUAUCAAAACUCAUGAAAGAGAAGGCGAUGCAGUUUUAAAGUAUCCCAUAAUUCCUGGAUACAAUGGAUUCAUUCCGAAUAUCAAUUCAAAAAUUGGUCUUCGUUUUUUGGCAGCCGCUACAGCUGGUGUAGCUGAACACGAAAGAUAUAUGCAACAGUUAAAAUGUGAACGUAGAAAUCUUAGGCAUAAAAACUUGUUACAAAGUGGAGAAGGUCUUUUUGGUAGAAAUUUAGGGGAAAUAUCAAUGCAUCAAACAACCUAUCAAUUACCGCUUCUACCCGUGCGAAAAGAGGCUGAAGGUAUUAAAAGGACAAGGGAAGAUAGCUAUCAAGAUAAACGUGUUCCAUAUUCAAAACAUACACCUCCACAUUUUAUGGUUGAUAAUGACCCUGAAAAAUUUGUCAUGAAAGGAUAUGCUGGCCACAUUCCUAUGACACUGAAUCGUUUCGGUGAGAGUAAUAAGCCGUUAACAGCAAAUGCACUUUGUGAAUUUUCAAACGAUUAUCAACAUCGAAAAACUUCAGAUUGGGAAUCAACUGACAACAAAGCAUCUUCUGGUGAAUCUUUUAAAAUUUACCAUAGCAAAACUGGAAUGAUUCCAAAUUAUGCUGGUCAUGUGCCAGGAGAAAUUUUCAAAUUUGGUAGUACCUAUGGAAAGAAUACGAUCGAUGCGAAACGGUGGUUGGAAGAUCAUUAACUAUACAUAAUAAUAUUCUUUAAAGUAGAACUUAGAGUAUUUUAUAAUUAAAAAAAAAAAACAGUUAAAAUAGAAGAGAAGUUGGAAUAGAAAAUAAA